ACCUCGCUGAGACUCCAGCAGCCUUCAGCCUCCAAACCUCUUCACUACCAGCCAGCCAGCCAGCCAGCCAAACUACGAGCACCAUGUCCUUCAUCUCCAGAUCCUACAGCCCCAGAACGAUGAGCGUCUACGGUGGCGCUGGUGGCCAGGGCACCCGAAUCUCCACCGCCAGCGUCGGCCCGCGUCUCUACGGCUCGGCGAUGUCCGGCGGCAGCUUCAACCUGGCCAACGGCCUGCCGAGUUCCACUUCCGGCUUGGACCUGCAUGUGGGCGCCAACGAGAAGUCCACGCUGCAGAACCUCAACGACCGGCUGGCGUCCUACUUGGAGCGCGUGCGCACGCUGGAGAAGGAGAAUACGGAGCUGGAGCGCAAGAUCCGCCUAUGGCUCGAGCAGCACACCGUGGUCAGCCACGACCACUCGGCCCACCUGGCCAAGGUCGAUGACCUGCGUGACCAGAUCCGUGCUGCCUACAAGGGCAACUCUCUGCUUCUGCUGUCCAUUGACAAUUCCAAGCUGGCUGCAGAUGACUUCAGAGUGAAGUAUGAGAAUGAGUUGGCCAUACGUCAGUCUGUGGAAGCUGAUAUCGCCGGCCUAAAGAAGGUUCUAGAUGAGCUGAGUCUCAUGCGCUCAGACCUGGAGAUGCAGUACGAGGGCCUGAAAGAGGAACUGGUCUUCAUGAAGAGGAACCAUCAGGAGGAGCUGGCCGUUGUGCGGAGCCAGGUCGGCGGGCAGGUCAGUGUGGAGGUGGACGCGGCACCGUCCAUGGACCUCAACCAGACCAUGCAGGAGAUCAGGGAGCACUACGAGGCUGUCACGGCCAAGAACCAACGCGAGCUGGAGGCCUGGUACCAGAGCAAGGUCGUCACAGUGGAGCAGGAGGUGCUCACCCAGAAUGAGGGCCUGAGUCUGUCCCGCACCGAGCUCAAGGAGCUCAAGAGCACCUUCCAAAGGCUGCAGAUUGAACUGCAGUCCCACCACAGCAUGAAAAGCUCGCUGGAGUGCACGCUGGCAGAGACUCAGCAGCGCUACGCCGCCCAGCUGGCCAGCCUGCAGGCCAACGUGAGCGGACUGGAGACGCAGCUCAGCCAGCUCCACGCCGACAUCGCCCACACCCGACAGGAGUACGACCAGCUGCUGGACCUCAAGACCCGGCUGGAGAGGGAGAUCGCUGAGUACAGGAGACUGCUGGACGGAGAGGAGAGUGAAACUCAAAUUGUAACCAAGACUAUUACUGUGGUGGAGACCAUUGUGGACGGACAAGUUGUGGAGUCCAGCAAGACUGUUGACAUUGAUGUGCAUUCCGAUGAUGAUAACUAGAUAUCAGCAAGAAGACUGAAUAAAGUCACUCUGCUUCAAUGUCUAAAAAGAGUUUACCUCUGUCCCUUCACAUGUUAUCCUCUCAGGCGCGAAGAGCUUCUGUUAUCUCUGACUGAGUUAAAGCUAUGCAUGUGUCUGUGUGAUGAUUUACAAAUUAAAAAGGUCCAGAAUGACAUCUUGGGCUUGGAUUUGCUAAAAA